AUGUUUGUCCAACUUACUGGUCUUGAAGUCAGGGAUAUGACCGCCGAAGAGAUGAAGGCGUUCCUCUACAGUACUCUGGAGAUGACCAAUCCAUUCGCACUGGAUGGGCUCUGCAGGGCCGCUAUGCUUCAGUCACCCCACGUUGUCGGCCAGAGGAAAAAUAUCAGUCCAAUGGAUUUCCUCCUUACUCUCUCUAUUUUGUUGCGUGGAACUUUAGAGGACCGCUGCGAAUUGGCAUUUCAUGUAAUGGAUAUUGACUCAGACGGCUUACUUCGCAAGACUGUCGAGUUUCGACGGCUCCUGUACGAUACCUUUGACGUAAACAUUGCCGCCCAAAAUCCAGAAAUCGACCCUGAUGAGCCGGUUCGAGAUACCAUUAACUACUUGUGCGAGAAGCUUCAAUGUACCAUAAAUCAGCCGAUAACUCUAAACAAAUUCAAAGAACUUGCUCGGCAGGAACCAUGGGUAAUUGAGUGCCUAUUACCCUGCUUACCCUCAGAGCACACCAACAUCAUCUUCCAGAGCCUUUUUACCACCACUGUUCGGUUGCCGUCGCUUGAACACCCACCCAAAACCAGACAAGUGAAACGUCAAGGCGACCCCAUGACACCCAGAAACGCCUGA